AUGGACCCCAAUCAGAACGUCAAAUUUCCGCUGCACGAGGCAGCUCGAGAGGGCCAAACCCAAGUUGCGGAGUCCUUGUUGAGCGGAAAUCCCAAAGCUGCUCGUGUCAGGGACGAUGACAACCGCUUGCCGAUUCACUGGGCGGUAGCCUACAAUCGACUACCUAUUGUGGAGCUAUUGGUCGCCAGCCAGAAUUUUGAUCCUGAUGUAGAGGAUGGUCUGGGAUGGACACCGCUCAUGAUCGCAGCAAGCCUGAAGGAUGCCGAAGGCGACAAAGUCAUUGAGUUGCUCCUCCGCAAAGGGGCCGAUGUGACAAUCAAAAGCAAUAAUGGCCAAAAUGCCCUGCAUUUCGCUAGUUCCAAGUCCAAUAUCUCGACGGUGCGGACUCUCUUAGCCAACAAAUGUAGCGCUCGAGUGAAAGAUGUCCGUGGCCAGUUGCCUCUCCACCGAGCUGCGGCGGUUGGGUCCGUACCCAUUAUUAAGAUGCUCUUGGACGAGGGCAAGAGCCCGGUGAAUGCGACCGAUAACGAUGGCCUAACGGCCUUGCAUCAUGCUAUCUCUGAGGGACACGGUGACGCUGCAAUCCUACUUUUAAAAUCCGGUGCCGACGCGGAGAAGCGUGAUUCAGACGGCCACCUAGCGAUUGAUUUGGUUCCAGAUGACAAGGUGAGUACCUGA